AUGGCCUCUAUACCACAUAAUAAAUUAGCAUUGGACAUAUGUAACGGGUUAAGGCCAACUUUUGCUGAAGGAACGCCAAAAUCUUACACUGAAUUUACUGAUCCAGAAAUCUUGAAAGAUACAUUUAAGGCGGUUGAUAAAAUUAUACCAAGUUUAAACGCCUCUUUCACUAUGCAUCCUAAUGCGUCAUAUAAAAGUAGAUUACUUAAUUUUGAAGGUGUUUUCGACUAG